CCGACCCGUAUGUGUGACAUCGGGUUAUCCGAAGUGUCCAAUGUGAGUAUGAACAACUUUUCUGAUGCAUUUUACAAUUGCAAAACCCUAAACAUUUCCCCAAUUUAAGAACCCUAACGAUUGAACAAAUUAGCCUUUUAAUGACGUCAGAUUCAAGCAAAGAAGAAGAAUCUGUCAGUCAAAACCCUAAUUCCGAUUCAAUCGAUGACUCACUGGACGCAAUUGAAAACCAACUAUCAUCAUUCGGAUUAAACCACCACACUUCAAUUGAUGAUAAUGAUAUUGAUGACGCAAUUGAUGAUCAAAAUCAGGAAUCUGUAGCUCAGAUCGCUAAUGGAUCAUGUUCAACCGAAAUUGAAAGUGCAUUUAGUAGUAGUAGCAGUGGCUAUGCUGGUGAGAUAGGUAGUAAUGAUGAUGAUGAUUCGGUGUUAUCGGAUUCUGGUCCGUCGCAGUGGGUUCCCGGUCAACGUGAUCUCGAUGAGGAUGAUGCUUCUUUAUCUUGGAGAAAAAGGAAGAAGCACUUUUUUGUUUUAAGUCACUCUGGAAAACCAAUAUUUUCCAGAUAUGGGGACGAGCACAAACUUGCAGGAUUUUCAGCAACUCUACAAGCCAUUAUUUCUUUUGUGGAAAAUGGGGGAGACCGAGUUAAAUUGGUCAUGGCAGGAAAACACCAGGUGGUUUUUCUUGUUAAAGAACCAAUCUAUUUAGUUUGCAUAAGCUGUACAGAAGAGCCUUAUGAGUCACUACGGGGCCAACUGGAACUUCUUUAUGGUCAGAUGAUUCUUAUUCUUACAAAGUCUGUAAAUAGAUGUUUUGAGAAGAACCCUAAGUUUGACAUGACACCAUUGCUUGGAGGAACAGAUAUUGUUUUUUCUUCUCUCUUCCACUCUUUCAGUUGGAACCCUGCAACUUUCCUUCAUGCAUACACUUGUCUUCCCCUUCCUUAUCCAAUAAGGCAAGCUGCUGGUGCUGUAUUGCAGGAUGUUAUCGAAUCAGGUGUCCUUUUUGCAAUGCUGAUGUGUAAAUACAAGGUUGUCAGUCUGGUAGGUGCUCAGAAAGUAUCACUUCAUCCUGAUGAUAUGCUGCUUCUUGCUAACUUUGUCAUGUCGUCUGAAUCCUUUAGGACAUCUGAAUCAUUCUCGCCUAUAUGUUUGCCAAGAUACAACCCCAUGGCCUUCCUACAUGCUUAUGUUCAUUAUUUUGACGUUGACACAUACCUAGUGUUGCUGACAUCGAGUUCGGAUGCCUUCUUUCAUCUAAAAGAUUGCCGGAUACUUAUUGAAAAUGUUCUUUUGAAGUCUAAUGUUCUAACUGAAGUUCAAAGAUCGUUGUUGGGAGGUGGCAUGCGUGUUGAGAAUGUGCCAGUCUACCCAUCAACUCGUUCCGAGUCAUUAUUUCCUUUGAAUGAGCCCAGACCAGCAGGAACAGUGUCUCAAGAGACAUUGCAUGAAUCAUACGUAGGUAUUGGUGGUCCGGCUGGACUUUGGCACUUUAUAUAUCGUAGUAUGCAUCUUAAUCAGUAUGUAUCUUCUGAGUUUUUGUCUCCUAUCAAUGGUCACCGGCAGCAGAAAAGAUUAUAUAGGGAAUAUCAGAAACUUUAUGCUUCCAUGCAUGAUAAAGGAAUUGGCCCCCACAAAACUCAGUUCAAAAGGGACGACAAUUAUGUUUUACUAUGCUGGAUCACACAAGAUUUUGAACUCUAUGCAGCAUUUGAUCCGCUUGCAGACAAGGCUCUGGCCAUAAGAAUAUGCAACCGCGUGUGCCAGUGGGUGAAAGAUGUGGAAAAUGAAAUCUUUUACAUGGGAGGAAGCCCUUUCGCAUGGUGAUCACAUUUGAUGUUAUGUCUACCCCACUUUUCUUCUUCAAUCAAAUCUUUCACUUGGUAUUUACUCUUUUGUAGUUGUUGAUUUUUAACAUGUCAAUUUUCUGUAUAAUUUAUAGGAUAGUCCAAUAUGCCUUGUGGUUAGCCAAAACUUACGAGUGUAUAAGUUGGUAUUAUAUACCUAGGGACAACAUGAAAUAUAAGCUGCUGUAUUCUGAAACUUCAUAUUGUUUUCUAGUUUUGACAUCAAAUCUAUGGGAACAUUAUAUUCGUUA